UACUACCGCUACGUCACCACGGUGACCGAAAUGUCAUUUCUCCAGCUGUAGUUUCCUCCCAAAAAGAAUCGUGUGGAGAACUGCCGAGGAUCAUAAGACAGCGCUGUAUCUAAAUUAAAAACCAGUUCAAAAGUAUCUCACAUGGAGGCAGCGAUCCGCCGAUGCCCUUUCCUCACUGUACUUCCCGGUGUUCUGCAUCUGGCUGGGAAGGUGUCGCUGGGUAGAUAUGCCCAAAGAUGCCCCGUGAUGACGGACCUGGCCUCCAGACCUUUGGCUAGAGCGCUGUCCUCUUCAGCUUCUGUGUCCAAAGGCACAAACAUAAAUGAUGAUCAAAAGCAUGUAGUCAAGUUGCCCCCAGGUCACGUUACGCCACCUGCUGGUCAAGCUGCAGGCUCCAAAUGCCCUUUCCUGGCUUCAGAAAUGGUGCAGAACAACAACAGGGUAGUGAGAGAGGCCCGCAUGGAGCUGCAAGAGGAUGUCUACGAAAUGGACUCUGUGCGCACAGGGAAAAAAGAUCUGGAUUUAUCAAUUGUGGAUCUAAUCCAGGCAGACAUAAACAACACAACGACACCAAAAACGUUUUUUAAACCUAUAUCUUCCAAAGUGUCUCACCUGCUCAAGGACAAUCUGCCUGAGGCCAUCACCUUCCAGUAUGACAAGUAUUUUGAAAAGGAGAUUGAAAGCAAGAAGAAGGAUCACACAUACAGGGUUUUUAAGACAGUGAACAGGCGGGCCUCCUCGUUCCCCAUGGCAGAUGACUACUCAGAGUCUGUUUAUCCACGCAGAGACGUGUCUGUGUGGUGCAGCAACGAUUACCUUGGCAUGAGUCGCCACCCCAAAGUCACCCAGAAAAUUAUGGAGACUGUAAGAAAGCACGGUGCUGGUGCUGGAGGCACACGAAAUAUUUCAGGGACCAGCAAAUUUCACGUGGAACUGGAACAUGAGCUAGCUGACCUACACAAUAAGGAUGCUGCACUGCUGUUCACUUCCUGCUUUGUAGCCAAUGACUCCACGUUGUAUACCCUGGCAAAAAUGCUUCCAGGUUGUGAAAUUUACUCUGACGCUGGCAACCAUGCCUCAAUGAUCCAGGGUAUAAGAAACAGCAGAGUCAAGAAGUUUAUUUUCCGUCAUAAUGACAUCAGCCACCUGCAAGAGCUGCUCGAGAAGUCGGACCCCUCCACUCCAAAAAUUGUUGCCUUUGAAACGGUGCAUUCAAUGGACGGAGCUGUGUGCCCACUUGAGGAAAUUUGUGAUAUUGCCCACAAGUUUGGUGCCAUAACUUUUGUGGAUGAAGUCCAUGCUGUGGGCCUGUAUGGACCCAGAGGAGGAGGGAUCGGGGACAGAGACAGAGUCAUGCACAAGAUGGACAUCAUCUCUGGUACCCUUGGAAAGGCAUUUGGCUGCGUGGGUGGUUACAUCGCCAGCACCAGCGCCCUGGUGGACACAGUGCGCUCCUAUGCUGCAGGCUUCAUCUUCACAACCUCCCUGCCCCCCAUGGUGCUGGCCGGGGCAAAGGAGUCUAUCAAGGUCCUGAAAAGGGAGGAAGGCCAGGUGCUCAGGAGGAAACAUCAGAGGAGCGUCAAGCUGCUACGACAGAUGCUGAUGGACUCGGGCCUCCCUGUGGUCCACUGCCCGAGCCACAUUAUUCCUGUUCGGGUGGCAAAUGCAGAGAAGAACACUGAGAUCUGUGACAUCAUGAUGUCACGUUACAACAUCUACGUCCAGGCAAUCAACUACCCCACUGUGGCCAAAGGAGAGGAGCUGCUGCGCAUAGCACCAACACCACACCACACUCCCCAGAUGAUGUUCUACUUUGUUGACCGGCUGGUGAAGACAUGGAAGGAGGUGGGUAUGGAGCUGAGGCCGCACUCCUCAGCAGAGUGUGACUUCUGCCAGCAGCCUCUUCACUUAGAGCUGAUGAGUGAGAGGGAGAAGUCCUACUUCACAGGCCUCAGUCACAUGAUAUCAGCGGUAGCCUGAAAUCGCAUGAAAACACUUAUUCUCAACAAGCAUUAUUCUUGAAUUCAAGCUAUUUAUUGUAUUUAUAUAAAAUAUAUAUUACUACAUAAAAAUGUUCUGUGUCACCUUAAUAAUAAAUAUGUGGGUUAAGUGUACUUAUGUGUGCUAACUCUUAGAUGAAUUGUUUAUGACUUCAUACAUUUCUAAAAAACAUACUUUUAAAUAUGUUUUCAUGCAGAUUUUACUUCAUGUUGUCACGGGUUCAGCUAAAAUUCGACCCAAACGCAGUAGGACACAGGAGGCAGGUAAAAAAUGAAAACAAAAAGCUGAUUAAAAAAGAACAGGGACCAGACUAAAGCUAAACAAGUACAGACCGGAGGACAGGGACAAGAGCAGGAACACAGGCAGGAACUCUGGGAAACUGGCUGGAAUAUAGACAACAAACAGACAGAGAACAUGGGUAAGACAGGCAUACAGUAUCAAGACUAAUCACAGAUACAGCUGGAGGGCAGGGGAAGAACAGGGGAAGCAGGAACAAUCACACAGGUGGGAAAACAAAAAAACAGGAAGUAAAAGGAGACACAAGGAGAAAGUACAUUUAAAAAUAAAACAAGAAAACCUAACACCAGGAUCAUGACCAAUGAAAGUUAAUCAUCCUAAUAACAAACAAAGGUUUCAGUGCAACUACAGUUUCAAUUAAAUUAUUUUGAAUAUGUUCUUCUAUUGGUUAAUUUAGAGAAGGGGGUUAUACUAGACAUUAAAAGCAGCAAUCAAAAUCAUGUAUUGUUUUAUUAUAUUUUUUAUGCUGCGUUUCUGGGUGGGUUGUCUUACUGAUGUGUUGCAGAUGUGCGUAUAUUGUGUUAAAAAAAUGUGCAUUUGCAAACAUCUAAUUUGAAUAGUCUUUGUUGACAUCUCAUGCUACAAUAAUCGUCUAGUAUACAGUGAAGGAGAUAGCAGAGCGCACAAAAUAUAACACACUCACUCGUGCCCAGGGAACACAUAGCACCUCAAAUCAUGAAUAUGGUGCAACCAUGUGUCAAAAAUAUUGUUACAUUUUUUAUAUACAUGACACCCAGGAUAUUUGCUGCACAUAAAUGUAAUGUAAAUGUACACUAUUUCAUUACAUGUAGGGCUUCUGGCGGAAGAAUUAUAUCAUAUCAAUUAUAAAAUUAAGAAAUGUGGCAACGCUUACUUCUGCAGAUUUUCUAUCAUGCAGAUAGCAUGUGGCUUACUAGUGUCAUUUACUGAUACUACACAAGUAAAUGGUUAAGAUUGUAUCACAAACAACAUAAAAUACAUAACAUUUUGCAGCGUUUUUUUGGAAAAUGUUGUAGUUCAGAGAAAAGGCAGAGAUGCAUCAAUGGGGUUCAUGUAAAAUGAGCUUAAGGGCAGAUUUGUGGUCCUUUGGUCAUUCAUUCAUGAAAUGCAUGUAAUGGCAUUCCUUGUUUUCCCCACUUGGAGGCACACUGGGUCUCCUGUUGUGAGCUGUAAGGCUGUGAUGCCAUGCACCUCCUUCCUCUGCUGAUGACUCAUAGCUGGUGCAGCAGUCUUCCUCAUGAGCCACUAGAUGGUAUCAAAACAGAACAGGAUAUUGUGUGUCCUAUCUAAAUAGCAUGGGAGAUCAAAUUGGUUGUAAUACAUUGCAGAAUAUACACUUCAAUGUGCCUUUGCACGUGUCAGUUUCCCAUAGAUGCAAUGACAGAUAUUACAGAGCAUUUUCAAUGCAUUGAACUAUCUGAUCAUCAACGCAGCAGCCUCGUUAUUUCAUGUAGCCUUUUCAUACAAGAUUGAAUCAACAUUUCUAUUGAUGUUAGACAUUUUCUAUCCCGGCCUAUGAUUAUCACGCUUAGAUAAAACGAGUUCAAUAAAAAGCCCUUUACUCCCACAUGCAGGGAAACAUCAAUGAAAAGGAAGCUCUUUUCCCAUCUGUCUCAUCUCUGAAUGCUUCUCACUGUACAUCUGCACGUGACAGGGGUGUGUUUAUGUGUCUGUCGUGUAUGUGUGAAAUCUCUCAAAGCAGCACUUGACAUGCAAAAACCUGGCAUUCUGUUAAGCAAAGACCAUCCUCUCUUUCCUGAAUAACCAUGAGCUCACGUUUGGAGCACAUUAUGUAACCAGAGUGCUGGUGGAAGGGGAGCUGUCAGGUGACCACCAUGAUAGUUAAAGCCCAGCCCACUCACAACAUGAAUCAAUACUCCAGUUAGGUGCUGUGUUGAUGUAUUUGAUUUGGAUUUCAAAUCUUGACCCAAAUUCAGAGGGUCUUACACAACUGCACCAUUUAAUUCUUUGAUUUAAAUAAAAAAACAAGGUAAUCAUCUUACCGACUAUAAUUAUUGUUUCAUGUAUAGUGAAUCGAGUAAAUCUAAAUGCCAUAAGGUAUUGUUGGCAGGAGCUUUUCUGAACGUUGUUUGACAUCAUUGUCACACAUUAUUACCUCCAUCAAUCAGUGCAUUUUCUAGAUACAGGCUUGUUUUUUGCCUACUGCAAGAAUAGUGAGGGAAGGUCUAACACCUCUACACCUCCAGGAGGAUAGUUCAUCUGUAACCACAGUCAUGUGGGUAUGAGGGACCACAGGAGGUGUAUUUGUGUGUGUGUGUGUGUGUGUGUGUGUGUGUGUGUGUGUGUGUGUGUGUGUGUGUGUGUGUGUGUGUGUGUGUGUGUGUGUGUGUGUGUGUGUGUGUGUGUGUGUGUGUGUGUGUGUGUGUGUGUGUGUGUUGGGGUUUUCACACCCUUUAAAGUAUCUGGUGGUUGGAUGUUGGAGGCAGGUGCGGAAAUUUUGCUGUGGCGUAGCGGGGCGAUGAUAUGUUGCCUGUUGUUGUGUGAGAUCAGUCCAUGGUUGAGAGCGUGUGUGUGUCUGUGUGUGUGUGUGUGUGUGUGUGUGUGUGUGUGUGUGUGUGUGUGUGUGUGUGUGUGUGUGUGUGUGUGUGUGUGUAUACACAGGUUUAGCUCUAUUCCUCUUUCUGUGUUAAUCCCAAUGCUCUGCACAUCUGUGUCUCCCCCACUCACGUGUGCAGGCAGAUGAGCUGCAUGGCUGGAUUCCCAGUACACAUCUCUCUCUCUCUCUCUCUCUCUCUCUCUCUCUCUCUCUCUCUCUCUCUCUCUCUCUCUCUCUUUCUCUCUCCCUUAUUCCUCCCCAUUCACCAUUCACUUGCAGUAUUAUUAUACCCCUCAGUAGCAAAUCAUGGGAAUGUUGUGCCUGCAUUGUAAGGAAAGCUUAUAUUGCACAACAACAUGCUUGCAAAUUCCAUUAUGUGGUCAGUGGUCACCAUUUAAUAUAGCGAGUUUCCUUGAUUGCGUCACCUUGUAAAUACAUGAAAAUGAAAAAGGGGGCAUAAAAAAGGUGUUUCUAAUACAGAAAAAAAAAUAUUACCAUGAUGUAAGAGGAUAACAUGUUCUGCUGUUCUUCUGUAUAAGGAUGCAUCACCACUGUAAUGUACUCAUCAGUCUGAAACAGUUGAGUUUGUACAUCAAAUAGGA